UCGUCCUCCUCUCUUCUCGCUGAAGAAGACACGAGACAGCUGGCUGAAUAGCCAGUAAGUAUAUUUCUCUAUGGCCGGUUGCCUAACCAUCGCAGCUAGAAUAAAAUAGAAGCUACUAGUAAUGAGCACAUAAUCUGUGUUCCAAGUGAUAAGAAAAAAUACACUAUUUGUUGCUACACCAAACAACAGAGGUCCCGCUGCGGUGAGCCAUGUUGUCCAGACUGCGUGGGCUAGCGCGGCCGUGCCUCAGCUCCUGCCGCUGGGCGCACACCAAGGAGAAAGGGAAACCGCUGAUGCUCAACCCUCGCACCAACAAGGGCAUGGCCUUCUCCCUGAAGGAGAGGCAGAUCCUGGGCUUGCACGGGCUGCUGCCUCCCAAGGUGGAGACCCAGGGCAUCCAGGCCAUGCGCUUCCAGAGGAAUCUGGAGAAGAUGACGGACCCUCUGGAGAAGUACAUCUACCUGAUGGGGAUCCAGGAGCGCAACGAGCGGCUGUUCUACCGCGUGCUGAUGGAGGACAUCGAGAGGCUGAUGCCCAUCGUCUACACCCCCACCGUGGGGCUGGCCUGCACGCAGUACGGCCACAUCUUCCGCCGGCCCAAGGGCCUGUUCAUCUCCAUCCUGGACCGAGGCCACAUCCGCUCCAUACUGGACAACUGGCCGGAGGGCAAUGUGAAGGCGGUGGUGGUGACGGACGGCGAGCGGAUCCUGGGCCUGGGGGAUUUGGGCGUGUACGGGAUGGGCAUCCCCGUGGGGAAGCUGUGCCUGUACACGGCCUGCGCCGGGAUCCGGCCGGAGAGCCUGCUGCCCGUGUGCAUCGACGUGGGCACGGACAACGAGACGCUGCUGAAGGACCCGUUCUACAUGGGCCUGUACCAGAAGCGCGACCGCUCGCAGCUCUACGACGACCUCAUCGACGAGUUCAUGGAGGCCGUGGUGGAGAAGUACGGCCAGAGCACGCUCAUCCAGUUCGAGGACUUCGGGAACCACAACGCCUUCCGCUUCCUGCGGCGGUACCGGGAGAAGUACUGCACCUUCAACGACGACAUCCAAGGGACUGCAUCAGUGGCUCUGGCUGGGCUGUUAGCAGCACAGCGAGCCAUUGGGAAGCCCAUCAGCGAACACAGAGUCCUCUUCCUGGGAGCUGGAGAGGCUGCCCUGGGCAUCGCCAACCUGAUCGUCAUGGCAAUGAUGGAGGGGGGCACGCCGCAGGCCGAGGCCAGGAGGAAGAUCUGGAUGUUCGACAAGUACGGCCUGCUGGUGCAGGAUCGAGAACAGGCACCGGAUGGCAACCAGGAGGCCUUUGUGCACCCCAGCCCGGGCGAUGUCCAGAGCUUUCUGGACGCCGUCAAUGUAAUCAAACCGACCGCCAUUAUCGGUGUGUCUGGGGCUGGCAGACUCUUCACAAAGGAAGUCCUCACUGCCAUGGGAACGCUGAACGAGCGACCAAUCAUCUUCGCCCUGAGUAACCCAACAACCAAGGCCGAGUGCACUGCAGAAGACGCCUAUACACUCACACAGGGACGAUGCCUGUUUGCAAGCGGAAGCCCAUUUGGACCAGUCACCCUGGAUGACGGGCGCACUUUCACACCUGGACAAGGCAACAAUGCAUACAUAUUCCCAGGGGUGGCUCUGGCAGUGAUCCUCAGUGGUGUCAGACACAUCAGUGACACCGUCUUCCUGGAGGCCGCCAAGACACUGGCAGGGCAGGUGACGGAACAGGAGCUAAACGAGGGACGGCUGUACCCUCCUCUGUCCAACAUCCGGGAGGUGUCCAUCCACAUGGCAGUGAAGGUGGUGGAGUUUGUGUACGCCAGAGGCAUGGCUUUCCACUACCCGGAGCCCCUGGACAAGUUCAGCUACGUCAGGUCCGUCGUGUGGGACACCCAUUACGACUCCUUCCUGCCCGACGUGUACGACUGGCCCGCCGGCGCCCGCACGCCCCCCCAAAUCGAGUAGAGCAUCUGAGGGGGGUGGGGGGUGAGGAGAAGCGGAGAAGCGGAAAGGGGGAUGACUGGGUGGGUGUAAGGGAAUGAGAGGAGAAGGAUCCAUUGCGGCGAUACUCCACUCGCUAGGGUUAGUCAUAGAACCAGGGCCUGAGAGGCCAGUGACCACUCCUCUGUAUUUCGUUGCCAUAGUUCAUGUCGAGUUUGUGUUGUCGGUGUCAAGCUUUCGUAUUUACCAACACUCCUGAAGUUAUGCUCAAGAUUACCUCCGUCUUGCCUCAUUUGGGUUUUUCAUUGAAGUGUUUCACUGUAGGGAUGUGACCUUAAUCGUAUCUAAAGGGAAGGACACUCGUCCCUUAGCACCACUCCAGACAUAAGUGCAUUACAUUACAUCACAUAGAAAAGAUGUUUCAAUUGCUUGAGUAGAAGUACUGAAUUCACUAAUAUACAUUUUGCGUUCAAAGUAUCUUCAGAUAUUUAUUUCCAUCUUGUACCUCUUGUGAAAUAACUGGCUAAAAGUGCAGAGACAAGAUUAUUAGGCUUAUUGGUUGUGUUAAUAAGACCGACUGUAUUCCAAAAGACAGCAAUGCGAAACAGUGGGGACUCACCUGCUCAGUCUCCAUGGCAAGUGGGUAGUGUUCCACAUUCAUGCAGUCAUCUCAGAUAAGCGCUCCGUUAUCACCAAAGGGAUGAAAUGUAGGCCCGACGCGGCCGAUAAGCAGGGCUAAGAUUUGAAGAAUGGUGCAAGCCUGUGCAAAUGUCACCCUGCUUCAAUGAGACCGAGAGCUUGAAUGAUAUGGCGAAUACUUAUGACCAGUGUGCUGUGAUCGAUUUGACACGUGGGCCCUCUCCGUUGCACAAAUGGAUGAUUGACCAGCCCAGAAGCAUUAUUAUGAGCAGUGUUGUAAAUGUAUAGCAUUUAAGACCCAUCACUCUGAACACAAAUGCACUGGUUUUAUAGGAGUGACAUCCCAUGUGUAUUUGCUUGUCCGGUGCAUUUCUAGUCCUAUGCUGUUUAUAACCGAAUUGUUUUUGUAGACGGUUCCAUAUUUCAGCUAUUUUGAGUUGAUGUAGUACUGACAUAGAUUAUAUAAAUGUUCACAAAGCGCACAAGGUAAAGAGAUAUCCGUCACACAAAGCGUAUAUUAUUAUUAUUAUUAUUAUUAUUAUUAUUAUUAUUAUAACAACAACAUUAUUAUUAUUAACUGUCAUCCCACUGGGCUCAGGAAGGCUGCAAUUCUACUCGAACGGACCCUGUUUCCGUUUCUGUCACUUUCAAAUACUCCCCCCAUGUACUUUCGGAAUCUCCUUUGCCGGCAUCCAAAGUCGCCAUUCACAUAGCUCAAUUCGUCCUUCAUGGCACUUUUUUAAAUUAUGUUAUUUAAUUAAUUAUCCAUGGGGGUUAAGAGUGAUGAGUUAAAAAAUAUCCUACUUCACAUCUGAUGUUUGCGGAUAGUGAGUAUACAUCACUGCGUUAAACGUGAUGAAAUGGAUGCGCCAGGAUUUACCUUCUCUCCUUUCUUUCUUGGAUGCCUGCUGUUCUUCAUAUGCUUCUCAUAUGUAUUUAUCUCCUGCCUGGUGGCAUGUGGACCAUAGCACUGUGGUUUUGUGGUUAGAGAGUGAAUUGACCUCCUGCACAAAUUCACAGAUCUGUAGCCACCACCUCAGUAGGACGGACCAAUAUGACGAGAUUCGAAUCACUUGACUUGUUUGAGUCCUGUGAGACAUAAGGGCUUAACAUUAUUCGAUAAAUGUCCCAUUCAGAAGACCACUGUGCUGUAUCGUUCAAGUGGAUAUGCUGUGAUGUCUUGUUGAUUUUUAUUUUUGCCCGCUCCAGUUUUACUCUUAAGUGCCCUGACAAAUCUAUGGUGUAUUUAACCUCCCUGUCCCUGACUCCUGAAUCCUUCGACUGUCCCUGACUCCUGAAUCCUUCGACCAGCGGCAGUGUGGCGUGUGUAUGUCUACCCGGAGCUUAUUUUUGUAACGCACUGUUGCCUUGGCGUAUAAACGCCCUCAUCAGUGACUGUGUUGUUCCAGUCCUCCGUAUGCCCUGUUACAGGUGCGGUGAAUUAAAACUUUAGUUUUACA